UCUUUGCUGGAACACGAACGUAAGUAUAGAUUUAUUGAUUUAUUGCUACAUUCGCAGUAAAGAUCAGCCUUUGUGUUUCCAUCAUCAUUUAUGUAUGAUUGUAAUGACGUUGUUUGAUAUUAGGACUAGCAGUAAAACUUUAUAUUCUGUAAAAAAAGGCUAUUUUAUUUCCAGCGCCGCCUCCCAGAAUGCUUUGCAUGGGGACGUGCGUCUGACGUCACGUAUCCAGAAAUUUCAAAAUGGCUGCACGCGGUAGGUGAGGCCCGAGCGAAGAAAAGUGGAAAAGAGUGUUAUUCGUCAAAAAACCCACACAACGACGGUCAUUUUUUCGCCGUGCUAUUGUAAAAUUGUCUUUUAUCUGUGUUUUGUGUUCCGGGGGACCCCGACUCCAGAAUGUGAAAGUUUCCCGCGUGAAGCCGUGGAGCUCGAGAUCCUGUUUACUGUGGACUAGCUGUGUGUGACGCCAUGUUGUUUUUGUUUCCAUUACAAAAAAAAAGCUCCACCGUCUCGCCGAGUGCCAGCAAGAGUCAUGAGUACUUGUCAACUCGACUCCUCAACUGGAGAUAACUUUCUAGCACCUCACCAUGGGGAAGGAUGUAUUCAUAUGCCUUCACCAGCACAUGCAUUAAACAUGCAGAGAGUUACACAAGUUCUUACCACCUUGGGGCACCAUUCAGGGUGCCUUUUCAUCUGAUUAAAUUUAUAAUGAACAGGGACAUUGCGGUUGUCCCAAGUGGAUGGUAUGAUGAUAGGAUGGUUUUCUGGCCCAGCUAUAAAAACACCGACAGAAUUGAAAGGGCCGCUUUAAAUGAGGUGCAGCAUGAGCCAAACUGGCCAAGAUUUGACGUUUCUGUUGUCCGAACUUGUGACAACUACAAAGACGCAUUAAAAAUAAUGCAACAAUAUGGAAAGGGCUGCAACACCUCAGACCUGCAAUCUGAGGCAGAGAACGAGGAGCUGCCAGAAAAAAGGAACAGGAAGCCAGUCCAUCGUCUCGGGGACUCAGAUGAUAGCGAAGAAGACCCGGGAAAUAGUGACCUCACAUCUCUGGGGUUGGCAAGCCAAUUGCACAGGCAGACUCCACCGUCUCACCGAGUGCCAGCAAGAGUCAUGAGUACUUGUCAACUCGACUCCUCAACUGGAGAUAACUUUCUAGCACCUCACCAUGGGGAAGGACGCAUUCAUAUGCCUUCACCAGCACCUGCAUUAAACAUGCAGAGAGUUACACAAGGAACGGCAGUCCCUCCUCGACUCCCUCCACCCCCCUCACCAGCAGCCCUCAACAUGUGGCAGACAGAGGAGCCUGGAUCCAGCCUGGCCUACAGGCCAACAUGGCGAGGGGAAAGAAUGGCCGACAACAUUUCCUGCUCUGCGCCUGAGGUAAUCCAGAUCCUUAGCCUGCUGGAAACUAUUAAGCACAACCAAGACCAGCUGAUUGCGAAGACACUUCACAAUCAUCGCCCUGGGACGGGGAGAUUGGCGCGGGGGGCCGAUGCGAUGAGCCCGCAUGAGCUCCGGAGGAUUUGCAGCCAAGGCAGGGGACCACUUGGGGAUGUUGGCGGACAGGUAAGACAGCGCGUUAUUUCCUUCUUCGCCUUCUUUAAUAUUGAUUAUUCUGAUGUUAUCCCUCCUGCUUCUGUCCUCGAGAUCUAUCAUUUUUUUCUCAAUCUUCGUGAGCUUGCUGGUGAAAUUGAGCAUAGCGUCCUCAUUGCUCUGGACACGUGUUUCAAUGGAAGACACUUCAUUGCGGACAGAUUCUAUGUCGGCAGCGUGCUUGGAUAAAGUAUCGUGAAUUGAGCCAAGUUGAUCCUCCAAUCGCUGAAAUCGCUUUUGGGAUCUAUCCUCAGCCUCAUUAAAAAAUUUCCUGAGUAAAGUCUCAAGAUAGGACUCAGUGACGACAGGUGUUUGAGACGAGGACGAUCCUGACUCCAUUGUUGCCUUUUUCAUCAAACUUUUAUGACGGAUGUGCAAAAAAUAAGGAAAUCGUUGUUCAUAAAAGAAAAAGUUAUGGCAGAAAUCCAAGUAGCUUACAGUUUUUUAGAGCAUGAACAGGGGAGCUUCAGUUUCAGACGUGCUCUACUCCGCCAUCAACAUGCUGCCGCUGGGUCAUAGUUUACGCAUCUUAUUUUAACCACCUCCAGUAACUUUAAGUCAUGUUUUUUUUUUCAAAUGUAAUCUCCUUAAUACUUAUCACAUAUUUUGUAUUGUGUAAGCAUACUUGGCUUUGGAUGCUUCCUACCAUAAACAUAAACGUAUCUGUCUUGUAAUCUUGUUUGAUUACAGGUGCUGUGAGUAAAAAUGUGUUGACAAGGUCAGCCACGGACGCCGAGGUCACCAAACACGCCAUCAGGUGGUUCAACUUGGCGGGGGAUCGGGCAACGAGGAGACGAGUCCCGCUUCCACCUCCUCAGGAGGAAUAGAGAUGUAUAUGUAUAAAUAAACAACCUUUUAUUGGA